UGUGUUAAUAAGGUGGGGCCAUGCCAAGCCAGAAGCCCCCUUAUCUCAGCUGUCUUCCACACACACCGUAGUAGUGUAAAGGGGAAGAAUUUGUGUGCGUGCGCAGGAUUAAACUAGCACAGAGAUCAGCACCUUUUCGCCGUUUUAACGCUAUCUUGAUGAGACUGCAAGGAACCGACAGCGUUUCCUCCCCCCCAUAAGAGUACCGGACGUAUUCCUGCAACAGGAAUAUCCGCCACCUUUCGAGGAGAAUGUAAUAGAGCAGUUUUCGUCAUCGUCGUUGUUGAUUUUUGCUGCGUUGCUUCUGACAAGUAACAACCCCGUCCGUCCAUCUUCCCCUCCCGCGCGACGAUUACCUGCCUAUUGUAGUAUUUCUUUCUUCUUUUCUUUUAACUCAUUUAACACUACUUUUUUUCACACCAACUUGUGUUUGACUAAAACUGAGGUAAAACAGGAGACGGGAUUAUUAUUAUUUUUUUUAAUCUCCAAUGGUGUUGGGCGUGUCGAAUCACAGCUUACCUCUUCGGUCUGUACCGUCCAUCUCACCAUGGAGCGCCUGCUGAGCGGCGCCACUAAAGGGGCCCUUCAUUCAGCACCGACGUCACCGCUUCACAGAUGACACGAGUUGCCUGUACUACUGGAUGAGUGGAACUGCACAACUUAAAUUGUCCUCACACAAAGAAGCCAUGUACCUCCUACUCUGUAUGAGCGUUUUUUGGUUCCUGCCUCUGGCCUUGAUGCUGGUUGAUGACACGCCCUUGGAGUGCGUUCCCCGCAGAUAUGUGCCCUAUCACAGCAACAACGCUCGCCUCUUUCACGAGGAGGGGGUGUCCAAUUACAGUGUCAUGCUGUUGCGGGAAGACCUGCAGCUGCUGCUGGUGGGGGCCAGGGAGGCCCUGUACGCUCUGGACCUCGAUGACGUCUCCAAGAUGCGUGCCUCUGUGAAAUGGGAGGUGACGGAGAAGCAAAAUGACGACUGUCAAAACAAAGGAAGAGAUCCUGAAACAGAGUGCAAGAACUAUAUCAAAAUCCUGCACUUGAUGAAGGAUAAUAGGAUGUACGUGUGUGGGACGAAUGCUUUCGAUCCAGAGUGUGAUUACAUGUCUUAUUCAAAUGGGAAACUGACGCUGGAGAAAGCAGCUGAAGAUGGGAAGGGGAAAUGUCCAUUUAAUCCUUUACAAAGAUACGCCUCCAUCAUGGUUGAUGAUAACUUGUACUCGGCCACUUCAAUGAACUUCCUGGGCUCUGAACUCGCCUUGAGGCGCAGCUCUCCUCCCAUUCGUACUGAGAUUAAAACCUCCUGGCUUAAUGAGCCCAAUUUUGUCUCCCUGGCUCAGAUGCCAGAAAGUGACGAGGGCGAUGAUGACAAGGUCUACUUGUUUUUCAGCGAGACAGCUGUCGAGUACGAUUGCUACAAGAAGCCCGUGGUGGUUUCCCGUGUGGCCCGUGUCUGCAAGGGAGACAUGGGUGGUCGCAGGACCUUGCAGAGAAAGUGGACUUCCUUCCUGAAGGCCGGGUUGGAAUGUCCUGUCCUCGGCUCGCAGCUGCCAAACAUCAUCCAGAAUACGUACCGCUGGUGUGACCCCGAGAAACACUGGGAGGAUUGUUUGUUCUACACCAUCUUCACCCCGCAGUCCGACACAUCCGACCUGUCCGCCGUGUGUGUGUACAGCCUAUCAGACAUCAACCGGGUAUUUGCAGAGGGGCAGUUCAAGACGCUGGUCCCCCUUGAGACCUCCUUUAUUUGGGUGGCAUAUAGCGGGGAGGUGCCUGACCCUCGACCGGGAUCUUGUCAAACUCAGUCUCUGGAUCUCCCGGACCAAACCCUCCAUUUCAUCAAAGACAGGCCCCUCAUGGACGACAUCAUCCACCCAAUAGGCGAGAAACCUGUACUGGAGAGAAGGGGAGCCGCCUUUACGUGCAUCGUUGUCAACCAAGUGCAGGCUGCAGACGGCCACAAGUACCGUGUGAUGUUCAUCGGCAUGGAGGACGGCACCCUUCUGAAAGCGGUAAACUAUGACGGCGAGAUGUUCAUCAUUGAGCAAGUUCAGCUCUUCCAGUCACCCGAGUCAGUUAAGGUCCUGAGGUUUUCCGACGUCACGGGCCAGCUGUAUGCAGGCUCGGACUACGGAGCAGUCCAGGUACCCGUAGCCACCUGUGGGAGGUCCUCGUCCUGUAUGGACUGCGUUCUAGCCCGAGACCCCUACUGUGGAUGGGACACAGAUGCUGGGAGUUGCGUAGCCCUUUCCAGUACACAGAGGCAACUAAUCCAGAGUGUGAAGGAAGGAGACGCGUCUCUCUGCCCACCAGCUGAUUCAGUGGAGGUGGGGAACCGGUCCUUUUUGCCUGGUGGGAGUGUGAAGCUUCUGUGCCCUUCACCGUCCAACCUGGGAACGACCACCUGGGAACAAGACGGUCAGCGUGUGAACUCGUCCGUCCGUCAUCAGCUCCUACAGGACGGACUCCUCAUCCUCAACGCCUCGGACUCCGACAGCGGCCGCUACCGCUGCCUGUCGGUGGAGCACUCCAAAUCGCACAAGUACACCGCCACUCUCGCAGAGUAUCAGCUCAGCUUGAAAGGCGAACCCAGAUUACCUCAGGCGCAAAAGGAAAGCACCUCGACGGUCGGACUGCACAUUGUCAUCGGGCUUCUGGUCGUUUCUCUCGUGGCCCUUUUGGCCUGGAAUUUUUACAAUGGCCAUCUACCUCCGCCCUGGAGCUGCAGCAAAAUGUUGAGAGGAAAAUCGUACGACUCAAACGGCCAGGAGGACCCCGGUCCACUGUGAGCCGUCAAGACGCACUGGGACCUGGGCAGCACCACAAGCACUGUUACCUUUCUGCAGUUUAUCCACAAGUAGUCUAAACUUUGAGAAGAGAAUUGCUGACUUGCUGCGGGAAGAUCUACAUUUGUGAAUGUGACAUUUUCCAAAAAGCCAAAAGAUCAACAAUACAGAAAAAUCUUGGUUCGUGCUCUUUUUCUUGGAAAACUAUCUUGUUAAUCCCCACGUUGACAUCGUACGAAGAGACUUCUAUAGUCACCUGUGUAAAAACUACUCAACCAAGUGUUUGUUUUUGUAAGAUGCCUAUGCCAGGAAAUGUAACUGGCUGUGUUAUAAUAUUUGUCCUGUGCUUCCUCAAGGAAAAAAAUCGGAUCCAUGUGAUCUAUGUCUUAACCUGUGCUUCCAUUUGAUCUUUUUUUUUUUGUUACAAAAACUUUUUUUUUAACUGUCUCGUUUCAUUCACUGUUCUGUGGAGUUGCCCCAACAUGCCAGCAAUGUGAAAUACUGGAUGUACGUAACACAGCUUUCUCAAGGUCGAGAUCUUUGCUGUUGUAUAAUGUCUCGACUUGGUCACGCACCCCAAAUACUCUCAAAAAGAUUUUGUCAUAAAAAAUACUAAUGAAAUGUACUAUUUGUUCAUGGCUUUCCUCUUUGUUGAUUAUUCCAAAGUAGUAUUUUCUUUCACAAGAUGUGCUAAAGCCAUACCGUAAACAUGGUUACAUUCAGAGUUUGGUGACCGCAGAUCUAAAGUGUUGGGAUUUGGCUAAAAUUCUGGCAGGCUUGAUGACAUUACUUGUGUGACGAAUUUAGAUGGCUUUUUUUUUGGGGCUGUUUAGUGCCACUUUAAAGUUGCAGAGGUACAUUAAAAUAUUAAUCUUCCAUCCAUCUGAGCUGACUUUGUAAAAACAAAUAAAUAAAUGGAAAUUCCAUCAGACAGCAUUGGAAGUUUGCUGCAUUAACAAACCAAAACCUGGAAACCUAUCCGUAGCCAUAGGUCUAAAAACAUACAAAUGUACUUUGAAAUAUUUGUAUUUCAUUGUACCUGUGAAUAUUUGAAUUAAUCCAGGUCAUUUCAUUCAUUUGUAUCAACACGGGUGGGUGGCGUCGCAAUUUUUAGUUUCAAUUAUUUACGCACAUAAUGAAACAGGUGACAACUUGAUGUUGUAUGUUGAAGCCUCAAUAGUUAAACCAUACAAUUAUUCAUACUUUGGACAAAUGCCGAGUUGAUGCUAAUUCUUGUUUGUUGUAUGUUAUUUGAAAAAUGAAUACAUUUUGAGAAAACAUUUUUCUAAGAAUACUGCUAACUUCUAGGCCAGGUAGUGUGGAGUUUUGCAAUGACUAACAGACUAUAAAUACAGACCAUUGGAAAUGUAUGUAGAUAUUAAUUGCUGUGACUACAGUAUUUUGUCUAAUUGUAAUGUCAAAAACAAAUCUCAUUUCAUUUACUGUAUAUACUGUAACGGCAGUUUCUUGUGCCACAUAGAGUCAAAGAUCUACAUUCAACAAAUGAAAAGGAACUCAUUAAAACAAUUAGGCCAGGGUGUGACAUAAAAGUAGAAUCUGUCAUCAAAUUCAUGACACAAAGAAGAUUUCAAUAUUUUCAAAGGUGAAAUGGGAGGUGAUGGCCCCGUAAAAGCAAGAUCUCGAAGUGACUUUAAUUAUUUUGGGUUAUUUACAGUCCCUAAAACAAAGGAUAACAGGGCAGAUAUACAUUAAAUGAUGUAAUCCUAUUCAAUUGGAAAACCGACAAGGGAGAGAUAAGUAAAUUAUGGUGGAUAAAAUAUUUUACUGUCAAUGACUGUAAUCAUAUUUGUUUUUGACAGACAAGUUGUAUAAAGUUGCCACUUCAGUCCAGGGCUCAGAAUUCGUCUUCACAUCCAGCUCUUCCAUUCACACUGAGGUUAAAACUUCCUGGCUCAGUGGUAACGUGUGCUUCACCUUGACUAUUUGUGUGUACAUACGGUACAUAAAUGUAUGUAUAAAUACAGUUUAUGUUUUUACCUACUGACAACAUUUAUUUGUUCCACCCCUUUCCAGGACAGAGCCCAAUUUUACCAGAUUUGCUUGUAUGCCAGAAAAUGACUAUGAGAACAAAGACAUGAAGUUGGUAUCCAUUUCCUUGUGUGGCCCUCGCCUGCGAGGUGAAAUGAAACAUUUGUUUGGGCUAUUUUGUUUCCUCAUAACACUUCAAGUUUUUCAGCAGCUGGUUAACGCAACCUGCUUUCUUCAUGUUUCCCCAAUUUGUCUGCACGAGGUUCCCCCACUGCUUAAAAUUCUCAACAUUUGAAAAGUCUUUAAUUCAUCCAGCCAAUCACAAUUCAUAUUUUUAAUCUUAUAGAAACCUUUGCGGAUUAAUAUUGACACUUAUACAUGGAACAUGAUUUGCAAAUCAAUUUGUAUUCUGUUUUUAUUCACGUAUAACACAAUGUUCCAACUUCAUUGGAAUUGGGUUUGUAUUUGUUGUGUUUACAUCUGAUUAUCGGCCAAAAAUACUCAAAAACAAGAUGAAUGGUAAAAAAAAAAAAAAGAA